UGUACGACCUAAAACACAUUUCCCGUUAAUGUGGCGGUGAGCUGCCAGUCAGAUUGCAUUAGCGAGCACGGAUCGUCCAUUGCAACGAGGUUUUUCCAGGCAUUGUUGCCACUGAAUGUACGAUCACAUGCAGAAAAAAUUUAGCUCUGUGACCUUUCUUACAUUCCCUGAUACUGCAGCAGUGCACACGGAAUUCUGCGCAGAGCCUUCGAUAUGAGUACUGAUGUUAUGAUACCAAGCGGUGUUAUCAGGAAUAUUAUUGAGCCUGGCGCGUCAGAAGUUUACGAUGGAUUACGAGAGGAAUCGCAAUGGACCUGCUUUGCAGAAAUAUAGGAUAAAUCCUUGUCAUCCUUUGCUGUCCUAAAAUGUACCGACAUUAAAUAUGCUCUGAUGCAGUCCGGUUAUUCUAACUUUUGCAAAUAAGCGAGGAUUUCACUUGUGCGUCUGGUCGACGAGAUCAUUUUUCUCCAACCACACACACACUCCCCCGAAAAUGCCGAGAGCUGGCAAACACAGCAAUGCUUCCCAUCGUGACAAUGCACCGGAAGUUGCUGUACGCUUAGUAGUUCCGCCGGUGCCUCGCGCAGAUCGCACAUCCACGUCGGGUGGCCCUGAAACUUUCCUCACCAGACUGAGACAUUGUCGCUUCAAAAUGGAUGCCGACAACAUCUUGCUGACCCUGACGAUCGGGGGCGUUAUUGCUGGCGUAGUACUGGGCUCGGCACUGCGCUACGCCAAUCUGGAGCCAACCACCAUACACCUUAUCCAGUAUCCCGGGGAAAUAUUGAUGCGAAUGUUGAAAAUGAUGAUAUUACCUCUAAUAGUAUCGAGUUUAAUAUCGGGUCUGGCCCAGCUGGAUGCUAAAGAAAGCGGAAAGAUGGGUUCAUGGGCGCUAUUGUAUUAUAUGUCAACCACAUUAAUAGCGGCAAUCCUGGGAAUUAUCUUGGUAGUCGCAAUUAAACCCGGUCAGAAUACGGACAAGGAUUCAGAGAUCCUUAAGGGCGAAGAAAGGGAAGUGUCGACUCUGGAUGCCGUACUUGAUUUGAUUAGGAACAUCUUCCCUGACAACAUCGUCCAAGCAUGCUUCCGGAACGAUGAGACCGUGUAUAAAACCGUUAAGAAUCCUGCCUACAAUGCCAGCAUCCACAACAGUUCCAUAGUGCCGCCCACUCUGCGGGUCCGCUCUCUGAUAACGAAAGACGGGAUGAAUAUUCUUGGUAUCAUAACUUUCAGCAUCGGAUUUGGCAUUAUCCUGGGCGCCAUGGGAGCCCAAGGCCAAGUGAUGACCAAUUUUUUCUUUAUUCUCAACGAAAUCAUCAUGCGCUUGGUGAAGUGUGUUAUUUGGUAUUCUCCUCUCGGUAUUAUGUGCCUGAUCUCGGCCAAAAUCCUCGAUGUGACGAACAUUGCGGCGACGGCGCGCAUGCUAGGCAUGUACAUGGUGACAGUAUUAUGCGGCUUGGCUAUCCAUGCCAUCGGCAUCCUUCCCUGCAUCUACUUCGGUGUAACGAGAAAGAAUCCCUGGACCUUCUUCCGCGGCAUGCUGCAGGCUUGGAUUAUGGCGCUGGGAACUGGAUCAAGUGCCGCGACCUUACCCAUAACUUUCCGCUGCCUGGAAGAGAACAACGGCAUCGACAAGCGGGUUACGCGGUUCGUUUUACCCGUGGGCGCCACGGUGAACAUGGACGGGACGGCGCUGUAUGAAGCCGUGGCCGCUAUUUUCAUUGCCCAGCUGAACAAAGUGGAUCUCACGUACGGCCAGAUUGUGACUGUGAGUCUCACGGCUACAGCGGCAUCCAUCGGUGCGGCUUCUGUUCCUUCAGCCGGAUUAGUUACCAUGUUGCUGGUGUUGACAUCCCUGGGACUUCCGACCAGCGAUGUAACAUACAUUGUGGCGGUUGACUGGCUCUUAGAUCGCAUACGGACAUCCAUUAACGUUUUGGGAGAUGCGUUCGGUGCUGGGAUAGUGUAUCACUUAUGUCGCGAAGAUUUAGAGAAAAUUGAUAUUGAAGUUGUAAAAGACCACAAUCUGAACGAGCAAGGCUUGUCGCCGUUAUCUCCUAUGUCGCCUAUUGACCCGUUCCGGAGAUUGUCCACUUGCGUACUUGAGGUCAACCACGCCGGGCGGGUGGCGAAGGAGCGCGGCAACGGCGGCCUGGCUGUAACGAGUUACCAUCUAAUUCCCAGUGAGGAAGUCACUCCCGGCGAUGGCGACACUGAAUCCCGCAUGUGAAUAGAUUGAAAGAAAUCCCAAUAGAAGGAUUUUCUGAUUCUUCAAAAAAGUUGGGUAUAUACAUAAUAUUCAUUGAUCUCUCUCCUCUCUCUCUUUUUGAUCUCAGCUAUCCCUUCGUGCGCAUUCAAUACCACCGGUCAUUACAAAAACUGAAUCAAAGUUGUCUAUUGAACUGAGAGUUUAAUGUCAAAAUGCCGUUACUUCAUAUUCAUCACUCCUUUUAACCCGCUCUCAUUCUUUGCCGCUAUAAUAACAAAACGUAAUAGCUUUUAUUGUCCGAUAAUCUAACGUAGCUUGCGAUUCUACUUUUGUGCACGUGGUUUCGAUUGUGUGUAAAAAUGCUCUGACCAAUGCAAGUAAAAAAUUUGUCAUUGUGAAAUGUGUUAGCGGUUUAAAUACAAACUG